UUGAUUCGGACGAUUGGGGGGAGGGCGUCCAUUUUGUGCGCUGAGCUCGGGGAUUAGAGGGAGAGCUGGUAAGGCUGAAUUCACAGACACACCCGGACACGGUAAAGGCCGCAACACUGGCUACCGGUCCUCUCGGUCAACCCGAUAUCAAGAUGGCUGCUCCGUCUGCAUCUAAAGUUGUGCUAAAAAGCACCACGAAGCUGUCCCUGAAUGAGCGCUUUACUAACAUGCUGAAGAACAAACAGCCGGUUCCGGUGAACGUCAGGGCUACGAUGCAGCAGCAGCACUUAGCCAGUGCUAGAAAUCGAAGAUUGGCUCAGCAGAUGGAAAGCAGACCGUCAGUGCAGGCAGCACUGAAGCUGAAACAGAGUUUGAAGCAGCGUCUUGGUAAGAGCAAUAUCCAGGCUAGAUUAGGAAGACCAGUGGGAAACCUCCGUGGAGCCCCAGGCAUGAGAGGAGUGGGAUUGGGACUCCGGGGCUCACAAAGGGGAAUGAUGCGUAUUGGCCGUGGUGGCAGAGGGAUACCCAGGGGUGGCAGAUUGUUGCGAGGACAAAAUCUCCGAGGUAGAGGUGGCGUACCCCGCAUGGGACUUAGGCGGGGAGGUAUCAGAGGCAGAGGAGGGCCUGGUCGAGGCAUGAUGAGAGGAGGUCCAAUGGGUCGUGGUGGUAUGAGUGUAAGAGGCAGGGGAGGUAUGAUGACUCGAGGUAGAGGAGGAUUUGUCCAUGGAAGAGGAAGGGGUAGAGGAAGGGGAUCCACACGCCCUGUAUUGACCCGAGAGCAGCUGGAUAACCAACUUGAUGCAUACAUGUCCAAAACAAAAGGCCAUCUUGAUGCAGAGCUGGAUGCCUACAUGGCUCAAGCCGACCCAGAAAGCAAUGAGUGAACUCAAACUGAUUUUUAGCAAAGGAACUGACUUCUACCAGUGUCAAAGACUCACUGGGUUACAAGCCAAUCAUCACCUCGUUUUAGAGUUCCUUUUACAUUUUGAUACAGUUAGAUUUUUGUUUUCUUUAAAUAUAUUUUAUUAAACCUUGAAUGUAUAAAGACAUACAACUUGGCAUUUUUCACCAUCCAAACCUUUACUGCCCACAUUAAGCACUGCACAGCUCAAAGCUGUUACGGUGCCUAAUCAAAUUUUGCAUCUGUAUAAAACUGCGAUAAUAAUGGCCCAGUUUCUUUCUGUUCUGCCACUUGAAUUGGUGGCUUGUAAGACAUGCUGAUUGUGGUUUUGUAGGAUCCCCCGUUACACUUACUUCUGCUCUAUGUAUUUGAUGUACAGCUUUUUUUUCCCCCAAGUUUGUUUAGGCGGUUUUAGCCGACAUCCCAGUAUUGCAACUUGAUAUAACUGGAUUUUGUGAAGAAAACAUUGUGGCUCGUUAAGAUCAGUACAAUAUCUCUUAUUUCCCAGGCAGCAAAGUGUUUAUAAACAUGUCUGCCAAUAGGCCUCAUCAAGUCUGAGUGAAACCAAUUUUGUUCAUUCAGUCACAUGAUUUUGUUUUUCUAAGUUUUAUAUGUGUGGCACAUUGAAGUGUGUUACUGGCAUGUUAUCUGCCAUUUAGCCAGAUCAAGGUGGGGGGUUUUAUAUGUUUUUAACAGAACCGUUCCACUUUCUACUUGUUACAUUUUGGUUCAUUAGGUUUAAAAAAAAAAAACUGUGGCUAGUAAUUUAACUAAGCAACAGUAAUGUGUCAACUUUCAAAAAAUUGUUUCCUUAUCUAUAUAUUAGUUUUAUGAAUAGAUUUAACUUGUUCAAAGGAAACUUUUUCUUGCCUAGUUUUUUCUUUACCAAUCUUACUGGCUCAGUGAAAUUUCUAGUGUGACCAUUGCCUUUAGUAUCCUGUUGGCAAAAGACAACUUAUAUAAUUUUCUUUACUUUCUGUGAAAGACUGUUUGAGACUCCGAGGUCCAAAUAUGUUU